AUGCCGCUGAGUUGUCAUAAUAUAUCAACUGUUGCUGACACUUGUCGCUUCAACUACCCCGGUGGUCAGCUCCUUCAGACGCAAUUUUGGGAUACCAACCCAUCAACUGGCCCCAACAACUCAUGGACAAUCCAUGGCCUCUGGCCCGACAAUUGCGAUGGAACCUAUGAACAAAAUUGUGAUAAUUCUAGAGCAUACACCAAUAUCACCGCAAUUCUUGAAGAGCAAGAUCCUUGCACUUUGGAGUAUAUGAAAAUAUACUGGAAAGAUUAUACAGGCAACGACGAGAGCUUUUGGGAGCACGAGUUUGGCAAACAUGGCACCUGCAUUAGCACUCUUGAACCAAGGUGCUAUCCCAAUUACCAGCCUACCCAGGAAGUCGGUGACUAUUUUAAGAGAACUGUCACUCUUUUUCAAACUCUCCCCUCGUAUGAUUGGCUUGCCGCGGCCGGUAUCUUGCCAUCGACAACAGUUACCUACACUCUGGCUGCAAUCCAGGAUGCUCUCACUGCGCAUCACGGCCAGAACGUCAUUAUCAACUGUAACAAGAAUGGCGAGCUUGAUGAGCUAUGGUACCACUACAACGUCCGUGGCUCGGUACAGAGCGGCGUGUUUAUCCCCGUUGACCCCGUUGGAGCACCAUCUACUUGCCCCAAAACUGGAAUCAAAUAUCUGCCAAAGUAUAG